GAGGACAAGGCGAAGUCAAUGGGUCCGCAGCGAAGGAUAUGAGAAAGGGAAUGUACUUGAUGUCUCGUAAGACAGCUCCAUGAAUGCAAGUCAUUGCAUCCCAUAAUGGUGGUCAUAGCGUACAAGCUACAGCGGGCGAGCGCAGGCUACGUUCGAACUGUGGCUGCACUGGCUGAAACGGGAAAAUGUGGCAGACAUACUCCAGCACGGCGUCCAGUGGCACAGCAUGCCUUCAGACCUUCUCAGACGUUCGCCAUGUGCGGAUGUAUUGCGUGGCCCGCUUUCGAGGCUCAGCAUGGCACUCCGCAAGAAGGUCAGCCUGCGUUUGUCGGAAAUGCAGUGCUUACUCUGUCAGCUGAUUCUCUGCGCUCCUUGCCCUGCCCAGCACGGUGUCGUCACCCGUAUCGCGAAGAAGCCGGUGGAGCUGUCCAGAAGCUGGAGGCUGAGCGUCGUGUGGAAGUGGCUUUCCGGGGACGCGUGUGUGGUGAGCCACGUGAACACUGCUCCAGUGCCCCCCGCCCCGAUUGUGUCGGAGCGAUCUUCGAUUGGCUUCGAGGCGAUGCUGGCGAAAUCCAGGCGAUCACGGAAAGAGCCACACCCGACGGGCCCGUGCACAAAAAGUUGACCAGGGUGGAUACAAAAGCUACGAGGAGAGGCGACGUCUUCCUCCCACCUUUUCAUCAGAACACAACAACAGUCCUACUACUCUCUACAGCACCCUCACCUCUACACCACCACCUUCGCACUACC